UCUCAAACACUAAAGUAAGAACCCAUCAGGAACUUUUAGACGAAGUCAUAAUGCAACAACCAAUCAAUUAUUACACGCAAACUGAGAGUGAACUUUUACAAUUGGAAGCGUCUGGAAUACACUUGCCAGCUUAUCAAUUGCAAGCCGAAUCCUUACAGCAACUACACGCACAAAGUCUACAACACAGCACAAGCAACGAUCAUUCAACUCCAACUUCAUCAAUCGCCACACCCACACCGAUAGUAACAAGUAACUUAGAACCGCAUUCGAACAGCAGUAAUGGUGGCGGUAGCAAUAGCACCACACCUGCACAUUUUGUACCACCGCCACAACGUCGUUGUCAGCCGCCACCGAAUUUGCCGCUGAGUUCAAUUUCAUCACCACUGCGUACUGCCAGUUACAAAACGGCAGCAUAUCUUCACAGUCAUCAUCAGCAACUGGAUUUCCAACGUAACUCGCAGUCAGAUGAUGAUAGUGGUUGCGCACUUGAAGAAUACACUUGGGUACCACCAGGACUAAGGCCAGAUCAGGUUCGUUUGUAUUUCUCUCAACUGCCAGAUGAUAAGGUGCCCUAUGUCAACAGUGCUGGUGAAAACUACCGCGUUAAACAAUUGCUGCACCAACUACCGCCGCAAGAUAACGAAGUACGCUACUGUCAUUCUUUGAGUGAUGAAGAACGCAAGGAGUUGCGUAUA